CUUAAAUUUUUAGGUGAAGUAUUCGGUUGAGGUUAUCUGUGUACGUGUUGACAGAUUGUAAUUAAUGAAUAAGAAGCGAUAUUUUUGCUGAUUAAAAAUGAUAUAAAUGAUUACCGGAGUUCGGUCCUAUGCUAUUCAAUAUUUUCCAUUAAAUUUAACUGAAUGCGGUUACGUAAGGUGCUGUUAAGUCACGUCUUAAUUGCUUUCAAUCAGUUGGGGCAGUUGAUUACUUAACUUCCAAUAACGCGAUGUAUAACCGUAAAGUUAUAUAUUUUUUCCUAUUUUGCGUCAAUUUCUAUUUUGUUCUUUGUGACGUAGAACCUAAAGAAGUACCGGAUGAACUAAAACCAACAGAGGACCCUAAUCUGCCGGGCGAUGGCAAAGGGGGAAAAAUCAUCAAUUUGGAAAAUGUCGGGUUCAUCCACGCUUUCGUCGCCAGUUUUAGUGUUAUUUUGGUGUCCGAAAUUGGGGACAAAACCUUCUUUAUCGCCGCUAUUAUGGCAAUGAGACACCCCAGACUGACGGUAUUUGGUGGAGCUAUAUCCGCUCUAGUUUUAAUGACAAUCUUGUCAGCUUUAUUUGGAUGGUUGGUAAAUGUAAUACCAAGAGCUUAUACCUAUUACAUCAGCACUGCUCUGUUUGCCAUAUUCGGAUUGAAAAUGUUAAAAGAAGGCUGUUCUAUGUCACCAAAUGAAGGCCAAGAAGAGUUGGAAGAAGUCCAUAUGGACCUCAGAAGGCAUGAUGAGGAGUUAGAAAGGGGCACAACAGGUGCUAAUGAUCCAGAAACGGGUAGCACUUCUUCCAGGCGACCCAAACCACCUAGUGUCCUUUCCAUGAUUCUUAGGAUUUUUUUACAAGCCUUCACUCUAACAUUUUUAGCAGAAUGGGGCGACAGAUCCCAAUUGACUACCAUUAUUUUGGGUGCUAGAGAAAAUGUUUAUGGUGUUAUACUUGGUGGGAUAAUUGGACACUCAAUUUGUACCGGGGUCGCUGUCUUGGGAGGCAGGAUGAUUGCUCAGAAGAUCUCAGUGAGAACAGUGACUAUUAUUGGGGGCGUAGUCUUUCUCGUGUUUGCGUUUUCAGCUUUGUUCUUUGAUCCAAAUGAAGAGAAAUAGCCAUGGAUGUUGUAAGAAAAAGAUGGCUGAGAUCAACUUGUAAAUAGCAUUUAACUAUUUAACUAUUCGUUGUAUAUAGGAGGAUUAAACGCAUUGCGCAUUAGGUGUACUUAAAGAUUUGCGACAUUUGAGUACGUGUUUUUACCUGAAAAAAGGAGCUGGAACUUUUAUUGUGAGUUUGAUGUUUUAGGCCAUUUAGUGUUGAUAUAAUUUGAUUCGAAUCACUUUAUAUGUUAUUUUUUUAUUUACAUUAUUUAGGUCCCCCAAUUUUUAUGUUGAUGCCAGGAUGCGACACACUGACUACUGUAAAUAUUCUAAGCACAAUUUGCAUUAAUUUUAGUUCGUCUAUAUUGGGUCCGUUGAUUAACCCUUGAAAUUAAGUUGUAAUUUGUUGUAAAGGUUUUAAUGUAAGUAGUAAGUAUUACAUACAAAAAUGCAAAGGCAUAAAGAUCAAUGUUAUAUAAUAAAUGCAUU